AGGUUAUACAAUUUUUAGAAAAGAGGGCCCCAUGGGAUGUUCUUGAAAAGCCGACACAGUGACACAACAAAUUAAUAUUUUUCGAUAUUUAAUUAACUUGAAAUAAGAAAUAAAAUAUGUCUGGUGGAUACGAUCGUGCAGUUACUGUUUUCUCACCUGAUGGUCAUUUGCUUCAAGUUGAAUAUGCACAAGAAGCAGUUCAUAAAGGUUCAACAGCCGUUGGUGUCAGAGGAAAGACAGCAGUAGUAUUGUGUGUUGAGAAGAAAUCUGUAGCUAAACUUCAGGAAGAUCGCACUGUUCGUAAGAUUUGUUUAUUGGACCAUCAUGUCGUUAUGGCUUUUGCUGGACUCACCGCCGAUGCACGUAUUCUCAUCAAUCGAGCUCAAAUUGAGUGUCAAAGUCAUAAAUUGAAUGUUGAAGAUCCUGUGACAAUUGAAUAUAUCACUAGAUACAUUGCACAAUUGAAACAAAAGUACACGCAAUCCAAUGGACGACGUCCGUUUGGUCUUUCAUGUUUAAUUGGUGGAUUCGAUCUUGAUGGGACACCACAUUUGUUUCAAACAGAUCCAUCUGGCAUUUAUUACGAGUGGAAAGCAAAUGCGACAGGAAAGUCAGCAAAAACAGUGCGAGAAUUCUUGGAAAAGUACUACACGCCCGAGUUGGUUGAGACUGAGGAUGGAGCUGUGAAGUUAGCUAUUAAAGCUCUUCUGGAAGUUGUUCAAUCCGGCCAAAAGAAUCUGGAAGUUGCUGUUAUGCGUAAGGAUCAACCAAUGCAAAUGCUUGAUGCCGAAACAAUCGAGAAAUUCGUUACAAUCAUCGAAGAUGAAAAUGCAAAAGAAAAAGCUGCUAAGCAAGGAAGUCAACAACAGCAGUAAAUUUAUUUCUCCGGUUCUCUUUUGAGGUUUCAUUUAACACAAUGAUGGUGAAUGUGAAAUCAUUAAAUUUAUUGAAUAAAAUUUAAAAAAAUCUUUUUUAAAAAUCCAAAA